CAAACCAGUUUAGCUUCACAAUUCAAAGAAGUAUUGAAGAUGUCAGAUCAUCGUAUCACUGAAUUGGAACCAAUCGAAACUACUACAAAACUGGAUAUCCAUGAAAGACUGCCAAAGAAAAUCUUUCCCAAGGUCUUCAGCUUUGCAGCAUUAGUCAAUGAAAAUAAAUGCCUUAAAAAAUUAAUAGCACUGCAAGUUGACUUGAGUGUAGUUCAAAAAAGGAAAGGCAUAGCCAAAUAUCUAGUGGCUUGUGAUUUUGAAAAACAUAUUGCUCCUCAUGUGUUAUUCCUGGCCAGGCUUGAUGUUGAAAAUAUUGGACAAUACUUGACCAAGAAUAUGGAUAUUGUACUGAUAGACUUGGCCGAGUUGGAAAAUCGUUUAAACUACCUGAAAUCUAAAGGUUUUGAAUCCAAAGAUGUGUCUAGAAUCAUCAGCAAUUCCAGGAUCUUGUUGAUGGAUGUGGAAUCUGUGGAUGAAAAACUGGGCCAUUUACAGAAAAUGUUUAGUUUAUCAGGAAAAGAAGUCAGAGAGGUGCUGACCAAAACUCCAAAACUGAUGAAUAAACCACACAUGUUGCAGUUGAUUAAGGAAAAUAAAUUCCAUUGUAAAGAGUUUCUGGGUUUUAGUCACAUGGAGUUAAAGACCAUUCUUCUAGACUAUCCUGGCUUCUUUAUGAAAAGUCCAAGCCAUCUUAGUAAAAUAUUCGAUUACUUACACAACACCAUGGAAAUCGACCACAAAACAAUCGUUAAAAAUUGUCAUGUCUUUAAAUCCAGACUACGUUUUAUUCAAAAUAGACAUUUAUACCUGCUGAAAGUGAACCGUGCCCAGUAUGAUCCCCAGAGAGAAAAUUUUGUAUCAUUUAAUGCAUUAGUUAGUGGAACUAAUGAGGAAUUUUGUGCUAAUGUGGCCAAGACUUCUCUAAAAGACUAUUACAGGUUUCAAGAGAGUCUGUGAGUGGUGAAAAAAACUGGAAUCAGAAUUUCAAUUUUAAAAAUGAAUUAAAAUGAAAGCUUCCACAUGAUAACAGCUGCUAGAUAAUACUUUAUCCCAUUGAUCAUGACACCAAAGGUUUUGGUUGUUCCGAGAUCCAAGACUUCAUUUUAGAGAAGUUUCUCUAUUUUUCUGGCUAGUGGUAUGUUUGUUAUUUGUAAAUACAACCACUAAAUAUCUUGUUUGAGGUAUGAAAAGUUUCUAUAAAGGAAAUGACUUUCAAAGCAAUUAAAAUGGUUAGAUCUUGUCCUUUUCUCAUGGGAUGGUGGCCUGUGGAAGUGGUUCUACCAGUCCCUAAUGGUAGUUUAGCCCUAAAGCCCUAAAUAUGACCAAGACAAGAUUAAAAACAACAGCAUUUAUUGUAAAAUAAAAAACAUAUUUGUUCUUGUAAUAAAUAGAUUUAUGAAAAAUU